AUGGCCAUCCCAGAAGAACAGCCAUUAAAACAUAAAGAAAAACCAAAAAAGAAAUCGUUCAAAGAGAAGUUAAUAAGCAUAAAAGAGAAUAUAACUGUGGAACCAGUUCUGGUGUGUUAUGUGGUUCCGGGAGUAUUGUCAAGGUUGGCGACACAAAAUCUGAAUUUAGAUAAAGCAUGUCGGGUGAAUAUGAAGUUUGGAGACCAAGUUUGCGAUGCACUGAUCGCCAAAAAAGGAAACCAAUACUUGAAGGAAGAAUUGGCGGUACAAGAGCUGAUAGCAGGGAUGGAGAUGUGGAAGAGUGUGUUGUUGACUGCGUUACCAAGUUUGUUGAUACUGUUCCUGGGAGCCUGGAGCGAUAGAACUGGGAAGCGGAAGAUAUGCAUCCUACUUCCCAUCUUUGGGGAUCUACUUAUGUGUUUAAACGAUUUACUUAACGCGUAUUAUUUCUAUGAGUUGCCGGUUCAAGUGACCAUGUUCUUCGAUGGGUUCUUCCCUGCUAUCACGGGAGGAUGGAUUACUACUUACAUGGGGAUUUUUGCAUAUAUCAGUGACAUAUCAAGUGAGGAGAACAGGACUUUUCGGGUGGGGAUAGCGAACCUGUGCUUAACGGCAGGAGGACCAAUAGGGUCUGUCCUCAGUGGUAUUCUUCUGAAUUGGACAGGAUACUAUGGAGUAUUCACGAUCAGUGCGUUGCUGAAUUUGAUAAGUAUUCUCUAUGGAUUUUUCCUUAUCAAUGAUCCGGAGAGACCCGUUACGGAAAAACCUAAACAGAACGAAUCGUUCAACGUAAGGGGCUUCCUAAAAUCCUUUUUCGACAUAAAACACGUAAAAGACACUUUGACUGUCGCAUUCAAAAAAGGACCUAACAAGAGGAGGACAAAGUCCAUUUUGGUGCUGGCAUCCAUCGCGUUUAUAUACGGCCCGUCUCAUGGAGAAGCCACAGUUCGCUACCUGUUCACGCGGUAUCGUUUCAACUGGGACGCUCUCAUGUACAGCUUCUACAGCACUUUCUUUAUAUGCAUACAUGCACUGGGAGCACUGAUCUCAAUAAGCCUGUUCAGUCAUCGUCUGAGGUGGGAUGACUCGGUACUGGGUCUGAUCUCCAAUGGGAGUAAGGUGGUCGGUGCCCUCUACACGGGCCUUGCUAGAAAUACUAGGGAUAUGUAUAUAGCGGUGGCUAUAGAAAUGUUCAAUGCAACCUCCUUCACAGCAUUGAGGUCCAUCUCGUCCAAACUAGUGACCAGUGAUGAAUUAGGUAAAAUGACGUCAUUCUUCAAUUUGAUGGAGGUGGUGACAUCAAUGAUCUUUGGACCGCUGUACUCCUGGAUCUAUAUGUGUACCUUGGAAACUGAUGCUGGGAUCGUGUACUAUUUCAGUACGGCCCUCACAAUUCCACCUUUACUAUUUUUUGUCUGGUUCUUCAUACAAAACCGAAGGGAUGUUGCCAGUCUAGAAGAUAAGAGUGACGAUGUUGCCACAGAACUACAGUCUAAGAGGAAAAAGGAUUCUCUAAUCAACAGUUUAGAUUUAGAUCAUGAAUUAAUUGUAGUCGAAUAA